AUGGCGUUGAAUGCUUACGUAUCUCAAAUCUCACAAAUUCCACUAAAUCAUGUUACUUCAAUCAUUCAUCUGAAACUAAAAGAGGACAAUUUCAUUACCUGGAAGAGCUUGUCACUACCAUUGUUGAAACGAUACUGGGUUCUUGGUCUCAUAGAUGGAUACAUUCGAUGUCCACCAAAAUUUCUUAAUCAAGCAGAUCUGGAUGCAGGACUUGUUAAUCAACAUUAUACAGACCGGACUGAUGAUGACAAUACUCUCAUUCGAUGGAUUCAAUCUACAAUUUCUGAUGUUGUCAUCCCUUAUGUUGUUGGUGCUAAUUUUUCAAGAGAACUCUGUCUUAAUAUCGACUCAAGGUUUGCAAGAACUUCAACUACUCAUUCAAUUCAGUUACGUACCAAAUUGCAGUCAUUAAAGCUUGGUUCCGACACAAUUACUGAGUACUUAGGUGAAAUUAAAAAUUUAUCAGAUCAACUUUCUGCUGCUGGUUCUACAGUGUCAGAUGAUGAAUUAGUUGUUCUUAUUUUACAUUGUAUUGGCAAUGAUUACAAUGCUUUCGGCACUUCUAUUAGAAUUUGUAAUUCUCCAGUUACCUUUGAUGAACUACAUAACCUUUUGCUUAGAGAAGAAAUUGUGGUUAAUGAAAGAUCCAAGAAUCUCCUAUCUGAAGCCAAUAACAAAGAUUUUGCUUCUUUUCAGUCUUAA